AUUGUUUAUUAAUGAAAAGACCAGCCACCAUAAUGUGUGACGCAAACUCCUCUGAGAUGGUGAAUGGAUUACCCGUCAAGGAGGAAAGUGAGGUGUCACUCAUUGAGGACUGCAGCAGGGAAGUGAAAGAGACAGGAAAUGGAGACGCACUUUUUGAAGCAAAGGAGGUAGAGGAUGUCACGAUCAAAGAGGAAUAUCCAUAUGAUGAGGAACACAUGGUUAUCGUUGAUCCUUUGUUAACUUUCCAGUGCAAGCAUUGUAAGAAAGUGUUUACCACCCAGUGUGAUUUGGAUUUUCAUAUGAAAGAAAAGCAUACAGAAGCAAAGCUUCUGAGUUGUACAAUGUGCAGUGAAACAUUUCUUGAGGAAAGUGACCUGAUGAUGCAUGCCAAAUUUCACAAUCAUGGAAAUCCUUGUAUCAUUAAGAGUUCUCCAUUAUUACCUGACCAGCUACUCCAAUUGGUCCUUCUGAUUAAAGAACGAGAAGGCAUACUCUUCGGGAAUAAACGUGGCCCAAUACUCUCUGCCAGAAAAACACACACAUGGGCUGAAAUAGCCACACUCUUCAAUGCUAAAAAUCUGGGGCAAGGUGCACUAUCCGUACAACAGAUCAAGGAAGCCUGGGAAUACAUCUGUAAGAGGGUAAGGGAGGCUGAAGCUGCCCACCUUAAACAGCAUGGGGCAGCUGGAGAUGUACCACUGAUGUCAACGUUUACAGCCCCUUACAUGCAACUUGCAAGUCACAUUCUCACCAGAGAAUGUAUUUCAGGAAACCAGGCACCGGAGGAGUGUCAAAGUCAAGAUGAACCAAGUGCUAACACGCCAAGAACCAGUAGUUCUCCGCCCAGACCGAAAUAUCGUAAAAUUCUUCCUAAUGUACCUCCACCUCUUGAGACACAAGAUAGUGAAUCAUCUUUUGGUGAGAACGACCAUUCCGAGUCAGAAGAAGAGAACUCGACAGGCUCCUUAGACCCUGGUCGAAGUUCGCAGCCAGAGCAGGCUGAAGCAAAUGCCAAGCCGAAGGAUGGGAACGGAACAGCAGUAGUAUCCAGCAUGAAAGACCUUCUCGGCUCAGUUUCCAGCACAGUGGGACACCAAGUAUUGUUCAUAUGUGGGUCAUGUGGUCUACUGCAUCAAACCGUUGAAGAAGUAAAUGCCUGUGAUGGCAACUCCUCUGUAGCAGAACAAAAUACUGAAAUGAUAAAAAAUGCAGGGCGCGGGCGCCCCAUCUGGCAAAAGCACCAAGUUGAGGCACUCCUCCUGCUGAUGAAGGAAAACUUCCCAAGAUUGAUCGGAAAUUCCUUAAGCAAAACCAAAGUCUAUUCAGAAAUAACUGCUACGUUACAAGAAGUUUUCCAAGGCGUUACAAGAAAACAAGUUGAAAAGAAAUGGAGAUCUAUGAAAUAUGGAUACAGAACCUAUCAAAGAACCAAGCUGAGAGGGGCAAGGGCACUAUUACCAAAGCACUUUAAUCUGCUUCGCUCAAUCUUAGGUGACACACUACCAGCAAGUAUGCAGCCACAAGACAAAAGUUCUGGGGGUCCUACUACCAAUCCUUCAGGAAAUCACCAGGUUCCCUUGACAUCAGAGAAAGAAGCAGUACAGCAGCUACAAACACCGCAAGAACCAAAAGAAGCACAAACUAAUGAAGUUUCAUGUGCUGCUGCCGAAGAGGGGCAGCUCUCCAGAACGAGAACUAUUGACACACAAACGGAGCUAUUGCGUGAUUCAUUGACAGAGUCUGUAAACAUUUUGGUGGACAAGCUUGAUCAUUUUAUGGAGAAAACUGCCAAGCAAAAUGAGGAAAUUUUGAUGUUACUCAAAUCUAGAGAGGAAAGAGAAGCAAGGAAUGAUGCUCUGCGCGAAGAGUAUAGGAAACAAAAACUUGAAAUUUUAAAAGCAAGACAUGAAAGGGGAACAGAUAUUUAACCAAUGUACAAAGCAGGUGUUGUUUACAUAUUGUGAUAUAGCUUUGUGGUAUAGUAAUAAACCAUCCCAGAUGGGCUGAAAGUAACUCGCAACAGGAAGACUGGUGGUGGUGAGAAGACCAAUCACACAGGCCAUGUCUAACACUGAUAGAGGGAAGUUCCUCCUUACUCGUGUCUGUUGUUAACUAUGUCUUUUAUUUUAUUCACAUAUAUGUCUCUGUGCCUUUUGUUGUGUGUGUGUGUGUGUGUGUGUGUGUGUG